GUUUAGUGGUCAGCAUAACCUAAGAUACCUCCUAAGUAUUUUUAUUCUCCUCAUUUCGAUUUUAAGAGUGCUCAGAAUAGUAUCUGAAAUUCGUUUGCAGUUGGAUUGGAAUUUAUUAAAUAACUCGCGUUUGUCCGGUAGCUUGCAGAGUUCAUAUAAUGUCUUACUUUAUAUUUUUCAUAACAAGCAUUCUUUUGGUAAAUCUCUUGCAAAUGAUCGGGGCACACAAACAACCUGACUGGUGGCAAUCGAGCAUCAUUUAUCAAAUUUACCCUUUGUCAUUUAAAGAUUCUGACGGGGAUGGAUAUGGUGACCUGAGAGGAAUUUUUGAAAAAUUAGAUUACAUUAAGGACAUUGGUGUGGAUGUGAUUUGGAUUCAAUCUUUUUAUAAAUCACCUAUGAAGGACUUGGGAUAUGAUGUAUCGGACUUAAAGUCAAUUAAUUCUCUAUUCGGUACAAUGGAAGACUUUAAGGAGCUGCUUGAAGCAAUUCAUGCAAGAGGAAUGAAGUUACUUUUGGAUUUUGUGCCUAAUCAUUCAAGUGACCAAUGCGAGUGGUUCAAGCUGUCUUUACAAGGCGUUCAUCCUUACAAGGAUUAUUACAUCUAUAAAGAUGCAAAGAAAGUCAACGACACUCAUUCCACGUAUCCAAAUAACUGGCGUAGCGUUUUUGGCGGAGCCGGUUGGACAUGGAGAGAAGAAAGGAAACAGUACUCUUUCAAUCAGUUUUCAUCAAACCAGCCAGAGUUUGAUCUCCGAAAUCCGCAACUUUUGCAAGAAAUGCAAGGAGUUCUGAAAUACUGGUCAGAUUUGGGUGUGGAUGGAUUUCGAAUCGAUGCCCCAAAAUUUUUAAUCGAAGCAGCCCAUUUUGAAGACGAGCCACAGAUUCCGGAUGCGGUUGGACCAAACGAUUAUUUCUUGCUCAAUCACACAUUUACCGUACAUCAACCGGAAAACUACGAAUUGGUGAAAUCAUGGAGAGCAUUCUUCGAAGAUUAUAAAAAGACAAAUGGGCAAAGCAGAAUACUAGGCACUGAGGAUUACGAUUGGCCCAUCAAUUUGAAGAAUUAUCUAGGAAAUGAUACACAUCCUGGCGCACAAAUUCCAUUUUAUAUGAGAUGGACAAAGCAAACAUACACGUGGGAUUCAGCAGGCCUGGAAGAAGAUAUUCGUAAUAUGAUGGAAUCUUUUCCCAAGGAGAGUUACAACUGGGUUCUCGACAACCACGACGAACUUCGAGUUAGCACGCGCUUCAAUCCGGAGAGCGUGGACUCAAUGAACAUACUCGCAUUACUUUUACCGGGAACUGCGAGCAUAUAUUACGGGAGUGAGCUAGGCCUGGAAGAUAUCAAGCCGCGACCGGACCAACGACAAGAUCCACAAAAUUAUCCUCGUGAUAAAACCAAAACAAGAGAUGCCUCGAGAGGCCCCAUGCUUUGGGAUGACACCAGAAAUGCAGGAUUCACAACAGCGAAGAAACCCUGGUUACCCGUAAGUCCAAACUACUAUCGCAAGAACGUAAAGACUCAGCAAGAAAAUCCCAACAGUCACUUAAACAUUUUCAAGCGAAUAGUGCGAUUGAGAAAAACGCCUGUCAUUCAAGUGGGCGACUUCGAAUCGUAUGUGCACUCUAAAUGGGUCUAUAUGUUUACGAGAUUCCUAGCGAAUGAGAUAAUUGUAGUGAUAAUGAAUCUUGGAUCAGAAACAGAGGACGUUUGUGCCAAAACUUCAGCGUCAGAAUUGCCCAAUACUAUGUUUGUGCACACAAGCAGUAUUCAUUCUGGUCUCCAUGCUGGAGGAAAGGUGAACACUUUGGGAUUGGAUGGAACAGGCUGUGUUUCGUUGCGGCCAUUCGCGACAGUGGUUCUAGCUACUAGCCAUGGUGUUUUCGUGUCCAAUUCAAUCUCUUUUUUAAUUUUGACCGUAUGUCUUAAAUUUAUACAGUGAAGUUGUCUUGCAAAGCGCCGAAGUUAUUGAGGAAAAUAUAUCAAGUUAUUAAGCUCUCUUGAAAAAUUAAAUAAAAGGAUAAAUCAAUUCAAUAA